AUGAAGCUCACUACUGUCUUCGCCCUUGUUGCCUUUGUGCCCGCCUGCCUUGCAGCGGCCACUGGUGCCGAAAGUCCUGUAAGCAAGGUGCUCCAAGAUAUGCCAUUGGGUUUUACUAACAAAUGGGUGGGUGUUUAUAGCUUGACAAGAGGGCCUGCCGCCCAAGCAACUGUCUUUGCAACGGAAUUCAGGGACAGUUCUGCGGUAACGAGAGAGUCAACCCUGCCUGCACUAACGGUCACGUCUUCGAGUGUGCUAAGAGUACCGGCAAGGCCUGCGACUAUGGUGUCAGAACCUCUUGCCGCAAGUGUGGAAAACUCAGCUGCUAGAUAUCGAAUGUAUAUAGGCGAUAUGUGUCUAAUUGAACAGAGUCAGAGGGUGUUAACCCCUCAUUAA